AUGGUGGAGGGCAUCAGCCGAAACAAAGAAGGAGUUCCCCAAUGGAGUGGGGAAGCAGCGAGCUUUCAAGAAUAUGAAGAGCAAGCGCUCCAAUGGGAGCAAUCCAUAGCCUAUGGGAAGAGGUACCUGUGUGGGCCAAAGCUCAUACAGGAAAUGAGUGGUACGGCAAGGAAGUUUGUCACUGGAAAGAGGCCGGACUGGCUGAGCUUCAGUGGAGGAGUGACAUACCUGAUGCAGCACCUGAGGAAGAGCCUUGGAAGGCCACAGAUACCAGAGCUGUCGGAGUAUCUGAAUAGAUACUUCAAACAGAGCAAGAGGAGGAAGUUUGAAUCGAUGAACCAGUACAUAGUGAGAAAGACAGAAGUGUAUCAGAGGGCCCGACAAGCACUUGCACGAGUGCUGCCAGACCAACGAGCCAGCAGCCGGUGGGACGAGGCUUCAUGGAGGAGUUCCACGUGGCAACCUUCGAGGAGAAGCGCUACCUCGUGGCGAGAUGACUGGUCAAACACCGGCCAGAGCCAGCGAGACCAGAGUGAGAACAAUGAGGACCCAUGGGCACAGCGCCGAAACAAUGAGGAAGAGGAGUCAGAGGACUUCCAAGAUGCCGCCGAAGAGUGGGAUGCACCCAGCCAGUGGCACAGCAGCUACCAAGGACAGUGGCACAAUGACCACUAUGGACCAUGGGGCACACAGGAGAACGAGAGAUGGCUUCAUGAGACGCCAGAACUUCUACCAGAUUUCCUGCAGGGUUGGUACCUGCUGAUGGAUGCCAACUUGACCAGCUCCGAGAGGAACCUGGUCCAGACGGCAGUACAGGGAGACUUUGGAAGCGAACGAAUCGCCCAAGAACUCCGCACCCAAUGGCCAGAAGAAGAACUUCGUGACCACGACCAAGGAAUGAAACAGGCCAGCUACUGGCAGGAUGAGGUAGAUGGAGAACCCAUAGGUGGAGAAGGAAUGACGAUUCAGAGCCUCCAAGAGGAGGGUAUGAAUGAAGAGGGAUUGGCCAUGAUGGCUGAUGCAGAAGUACAGGCAGAAGAGGCAAUGGCAGUGAUCGAGAGGGCGCAGAGGACGCUGAGAGAGGCAAGGGCAAAGCAACACCAGGUGAAAAUGAACCGACAAUACUACAAGACCGAGGUUGAGAAGUACAAGAGCAAAUCAGGGCCCAUCAAAUGCUUUAGGUGUGGAGGCAAUCACAAGAUUGCCAACUGUCCAGACCGACAGGCACCGAGAGCAGGGGAGGCACAGAAGGCAGAGUCAGCACCUUUUGUCUGCUAUGCCCGAGAUGAGGCCGCCAUGGUGACGAACCAGGACGCCAUGACCACCGAAGAGGCCGUCCUGAAGGGCUAUGGCAUCAUCGAUGGUGGAGCAACAAAGACUUUGGGUAGCGUCCACGCCCUAGAAGCCGUGGCCGCGGAGAACUUCCGCAAACACAGUGAUGAUCGCAUUCUGGAGAUUGACCCAGAACAGAAGCCGACUUUCGGCUUUGGAAACUCCAGCCGCAAUCAAUGCGUGAGCACUGCAAAAGUUCAGAUACAGGCAGGAGACCAGAAGGGCAUCCUGCAGGUACAUGCCUUGGAAGAAGGACAGGGGCCUGUGUUGCUGUCAAUCAGUACUUUGAGGUCACUGGGCGCAAUCAUAGACUUUGAGGCAGACCUCAUCGUCUUUCGGAAGCUUGACGACCGCCGAGUGAUCAAGGCCCUGAGGUCCCAAUCUGGACACCAACUUCUGCCGCUGACUGAGAACUUGUACAGCAACUCUGUGCAAUGUCACAGCGCGGCUCUGAAAGAACUAGGGGAGGAACCUCCUGCCCAGUGGAAGAACCCAGAGCUGAAGGUGAGACUGAUGGAGGUGGAGGAAGAACUGGGCAUCGACAAGUUGCGCCGCAGUCGCCACCACCAAACGGAAUUGAUGACAUGGGUGAUGCGCCUCAACCAGGAAACGAUCCCGGUCCUCCAGAAGCAAGCCAUGGAAAAGAUCUACCUCUUGACAGAACCAGAUGGCCAGGACCCGAUGGGUUUUGGACAGCAUGCCAGCCUGACCUAUGCCGAGGUCAAGAGUCAGCAUGCGGGCUACUGCACCUGGGCGCAGACCACAGCCAGCGAAGGACAACACAGCCUGCGACUUGGCAGGUUUGUCAAGUGGCUGAACAUGGAGCCCAAGGACCAGGUAAAAAUGCCACACUACCUGGCCAAGCAGUAUGUCAAGUCCAAAGGGGAGACCGAGACCUGUGUGAAGGCAGAGCCAGAGCCCAGCGAGGCACCGACCAGCUCAACACAAGCCCUGGUCGAAGCCCAACACAUGAUGACAAAGAUGAUGGCGACCAUGGAAGAGAUGAAGGGAGAGUUGCAAGAGUUGCGCGAGGAGCGACCCCGGAAGAAGACCGAGGUGAAGAGCGAGGAGCUCACACACGAGAAGCUCCUGAGGGAAAUUGAUGGCCGUACGCAGCAAACUGAUGGAACAGACAUGGACCAGGACUAUGAGUUUGUGGUUGUCAUUGAUGAGGGAUCUAGGAUUUUGGCCACCGAAAAACACAGGGAUGGCUAUGGGAACCUCAAAGAAAGUAGUUCGAUUUGGUUGGUUAGGGGAAGGCGCCUAAUCAAGUGCUGUCCAGAACAGUUGAGACCUGCCUCAGAGAGGGAGGAACUCCUUGAAUUUUUGGGGAACCCUGAAGAAAACAAAGCCCCCUGGAAUUUCACACGGGUGGCAAGUGCCUUGGGUGGAAAUGAAAUGGAUGACAUCACGGGGGAGAUCCCGGACUUGGCAACUUGGCAGAGAGACCAGCAGAACUUAGUGCGACAAAAUCCCAAGGUGAGACAUUGGGGCAAACGACCAGUCGACCCAACAAGAGAUGGAGGAACUGGUGACCCUUUUAGCAGUGGAAGUAGGGGAGAACCCAAACACCUCAGAACCAGUGGACCUAACAAGGGUUUAAUGGGAGAACACCUCGAAGAAGCCUGGUGGAUUCAGGUCCCUGAUGAUGUGUACCACGAAAGUAAAGGGGAACAUUUUUGGGAGAACCCCGAAGCCUCUGUCCAAAUUGAAAUUCCCGUCCCGGAAACCAAAAGAGGGAUGAGUCGGAUGGCGGAAGAUUUGGGGGGGUAUUUUGUGAACCAGUUGAAACGCAGGGCUGUUGAGGUUAGUGAAAAGAGAUUGACCCCGAAAGAAAGGGAGGAGUUUCGGGAAGCCAAACACAAAGAGGUGGCAUCUUGGCGACAAUGGGGUGUGAAAAAGGGAGAUGUGAGUGGGGCCUUCCUUCAGGGGAGGGAAUAUCCCAAUGAAUUGUAUUGUGUUCCUUGCCCCGAAAUCCUCGAAGCUAUGGGAUUAGGCCCGGAAGAAAUUGUCAAAGUCAAACGGGGUUGUUAUGGAUUGGUGGAUGCCCCCCUUGAAUGGUACAUGACUAUUUCCUCUUAUUUAGAAGAAGAAGAAGGGCUUACUAAAUCUUGGUCGGACCCCUGUUGUUGGAUGUUCAAGGUGAAUGGUAAGUUGAAAGGGUUGGUUGCGGGACAUGUGGACGAUUUCAUGUUUACUGGGGACCCCAAAGACCCGGAAUGGUGUGCCUUGGAGAAAAGGAUCCAACAAAGAUUCAAGUGGGGAGAAUGGGAAGAGAACAAUUUUGUCCAGUGUGGGGUAAAAAUUGAAAGACAAAAGGAUGGUUCAUUUCACCUGAGCCAACAACAAUACCUCACCAAGGUCAGCGAAAUCUGUUUGAGUGCGGGUAGGAGAAAACAAACCAAAGAAACAACCACUGACAGAGAAAAGACCCAGCUCAGAGGUCUUUUGGGAGCUUUGAGUUGGUACAGCCAACAAUGUGCACCGCACCUGUCUGCAUCAGUAGGGUUGUUGCUCUCUGAAGUUACCGAUAGCAAUGUUGAGACAAUAGUCAGGGCCAACAAACUCCUGUAUGAGGCUAAGCAAAGAAAAGAACAUAAGAUGAUCGUUCAUGCCUUUCACCCCAAUGAAAAACUGGGAAUGUAUGUUUGGGCUGAUGCUGCUUGUCAAAACCGGAGGGACGGAAGCAGCACCCAAGGGAUUUUUGUGGGAAUAGCCCCUGAACGUUUGUAUGAAGGGUAUGUGGAAAAAGUAACUCCGGUAGCUUGGCACUCAAGUAAGAUAGAGAGGGUUUCCAGAAGCCCGGGAGCCGCAGAGGCGAGAGCAGUAGUAUCAGGAGAGGACUAUCUGUUUCAUGCUAGGUACCAAUUUGGAGAAUACCUUGAAGCGGAAACAAAUGUUUUUGAUGUUGACAGUACGGUUAAUCGGAUACCUGGUUGUGUGAUAUCUGAUUCAAGAAAUGUUUUCGACAAACUUCAGACGGAAGAGUUGUCUAUCAAGGGUCAAGAGCGUAGGGUAGAUCUCGAACUCCUUUCCUUAAAGUCAGCUCAAAGAAACAACGUUGUUCGGGUACGGUGGGUUCACUCUGAGGCCCAACUUGGGAACGCUCUUACAAAGAGUGGAGCUAAGGAACUUGAAAUGUUUUAUCAAAUGGGUGGAACCUGGCGGAUCGUGAACGAUCCUAAGAUGAGAUCAGCCCGGAAGAGAAGGAGCGAAGGGAUGGAGACCUUUGAAGGACACACAGAAACAACACAACGCGCACAAAACAUACAUGCUGACGAGUGUGUGUCUGGUGACCCCAAAGUACCGUGGAAACUGGAGGAACCCGGGGGCAUGAAAGUGUUAAAGAACACUUAG